AUGGCAACACAUGGAUUGUUAAUGAUUAUUGACACAAAUGGUUCUUUUGUACCUGACGAUCCAAGACCUUGUCCAGUGAAGACUCCGUGCAAAUGUAGCUUUAACGAAAUAGAAUGCAGCAAUCUUACUCAGACAGAAUUUCCGUCCUUCACCAAGGUAAACGCUUCGUGGAACUGUUGGAGUCUCGUCAUGAACAAUAAUUUCAAUAUUAAGAGGAUUCCAGCUGGAGCUUUCGAUAAUGUUCCAUUUUGUAAUCUUCGUAUUAGCCAUAACGGCUUUGAAAUAAUGGAGGAUGGAGCACUGAAUGGAUCAGAACCAUAUCUUGGAACUAUUUUUAUGCAGUUCAAUAAAUUUAAGGAACUUCCGAACGAAAUUGCACGAAUGCCAAACCUCACUAUGCUCAGCAUCAAUGAUAACCCUAUCGAAACACUUCCACAGAAAAUGGCUUUCUCGUCAACUCUACGGUUUCUCGAUGUCGGAUCGCCGGAAAUGACGACAUGGCCUGACUCAAUUCGAACUCUAAAAUCCGUUUGGAGUUUAACGCUAUAUAAUUUACCAAUGUCAGAUCUACCUUCAGAUGCAUUUGAAGGUUUAGAAAACGCUGUCAGCCUUUUGACGUUUACAUCAACAAAAUUCAAAGCUUUUCCGAAAGCACUGAAGAGACUUAAGACAACGACAGGUCUGUCUAUCACAGAUAAUAUUGAAUUGAAAUCUGAAGGCAUACCUGAUGACGCUUUGAGUGGAAUGGACUCUCUUGGAGUAAUUUUCAUAAGUAACAGCAGUUUAACGCGUGUUCCAAAUAUAUCCACUAAUCCAUUUCUUACCUAUCUGACCAUAACCAACUCACCACUGUCGACAUGGGAUGUAACUACAUUACCGAAACAGCCACUGAUACAGUCAAUAGAUUUCAGUAACACGGAUAUAGAUCGUAUUCCAGUCCCUGUGCGCCAUAUCAGGAGUUUAAAUACGCUUACGAUGCAUAAUACCAAAGUGACAAAUAUUGGACAAGGGGACCUGGCAGGUCUUCAAAAAUUACGUGAAUUAAGCCUGGACAAAACUCCUCUAGCCAAUAUAUCAAUGGAUGCAUUCAACGAUACGUACAGCCUUCAAUACCUGAAUAUAGAUUUUACAAAACUUCCGGGGUUUCCCAGAGCUAUUGAACGACUUCCGGCCCUCAGAGCCGUUGGAUUAGACAACAUACCUAUUGAGUGUUCCUGCUCAGAACUCGGAUGGAUGAAACAUUGGAUCGGCCUUCAGCAGUUUCUUGAUGGUGGUGGACAGUGUCACAAUAUACACAAGUAUUUUACAGACUACAUUCGCGAGGAUAUACCCAAAUGUCCCUGA